AGUUUAUCAGACCAAUAUGAUUAAGAACAAAAGAGUUUCCGGGAUAAAUUAUUAGAUUGCGAUUACAUAGGAUACCAUUUCUGUUUUUCUUAUACAAUUUUUAGGUUAUGUUUAUACGUGGAUCCACGCUUAUAUGAUAUGUCACAUCGAAAUGUAUAAUACCAAAUAUAAUAAUUUAUUGCUAUUUUUCAUGAAUCUGGAGAAGUAUAAAACGAUUACUGUGUUUUAAAGUAUGACAAGAUCACAUAUAAAGUAUGAAAUUGCAAAGGAUGCAGAUGAUACAGCAGAUUAUUUUCUUCAACCUGUACAAGAAUUUCCUAAUACAUCCAAGAAAGAAGUAUCUCCUUGGAAAAGACUCUUCCAAAUUGCUGUAUUAAUUGUUACUUACUUUGUGUUAUCGGUAGGCCUAACAUUUUAUGUGCAAUGGCUUUACAAUUCAUAUGGAUUUAAUUUUCCUCUUACUGUUGUGAUAUGUCAUUUAACAGUUAAAUUUCUUUUAUCUUCUUUAAUAAGAUGUAUUAAAACAUGUUGGAAAAGGCAACAACAAUUAAAACUUUCUCUACAAAGUAUAUUAUGGAUGGUUAUGCCAGUUGGUGUGGCCAGUGGUCUUGAUGUUGGUCUAUCAAACUGGGCCAUUUCUUUAAUUACAAUGUCACUAUAUACCAUGACAAAAUCAACUACCAUUAUUUUUAUUCUGGGAUUUGCUCUUAUUUUGAAAUUAGAAAGAAAGUCUUGGUCAUUAAUAUGCAUUGUAGUAAUGAUAUCAGGAGGCUUAUUUAUGUUCACUUACAAAUCAACACAAUUUGGCAUAUUUGGAUUUUUGAUUUGCCUCUUAGCAUCAUUCUCAAGUGGUGUUCGAUGGACCAUGACACAACUUAUUAUGCAAAAAUCUAAACUUGGAAUGAAAAGUCCAAUUGAUAUGAUGUACUAUAUGCAACUUUGGAUGUUAUUACCUAUUGUGCCAGUGAUGAUAUGGUUUGAGGGAUCUCGCGUGUACAGUAACUUCAAUAACAUCGAUUGGAAUGAUGUACACUCUAUUAUAAUUACAACAGUUGCUGUGCUUGGAAGUGCUAUUAUAGCUUUCCACAUGGAAGUCAUGGAAUUUCUAGUUGUUACAUACACUUCUAGUCUUACCCUCUCAAUUACUGGCAUAAUUAAAGAGAUAUGUAUUUUAAUCUUGGCUGUUGAGUGGAAAGGUGAUCAGAUGAGUGGCCUUAACUUUAUAGGGUUGUUGAUGUGCCUUGGUGGUAUCAUAAUUCAUUCUAUUCAGAAAAUAUUAUCAAAUAGAAAUAAAAAAAGUGAAAAUUUGGAAUUACAAAUGAAUUCUUCUUUAAGUAUCAACUUAAAGAAUGAGGAGGGAAUUGAGACAAAUUUACCUCUUUUAACUCAAAAAUCAACUUCUUUAACGAAUCUUUUAAAUGCAGAAUUUAGUUCGGAUGAAGAUGAUGCGGUUAAACAUGGUGAGAAUUCUACCCAAAUAUUGUCUAACAUAUUGCAACGUAGGGAGCAGUAAAUUGUAGACUUGUGAUACUGGUGUGCAAUAAGACAAGGUUUAUUUACUAUUAAAAACCAUUCCAUGUAUGACAUACAUACUGUACUAUAUACCUAUUCUUAUGUUUGAAUUUAGUCAUACAACCUACAAUUGCUUUAUUUUUUAAUGAAAUUUCUUACAGUUUU